AUGAGGCGGCCGUGCGUGUCACUACUGCUGGCUCUUAGGGUCCUGCAGUUCCCCCAAAGACGCAAGGCCUGUGAGCACCAUCAGCCCCCUGGCACAGAGCUGACACGGUAUAAGGAAGCAUCCGUGCCAGGAAACCUAUCCGAGGAGGAAAAAGCGUUUCUCUCCUGUUUCCCCUUGCAGAAGUACAAGCUGGAAAAGAGCAUCAGAGAGCUGCACGCUAUUGCCGACCAAGUGGACGCGACCCAUAAGAUGCUCGCCAAGACCAGCCUGGUGGCCGGCGCCUCAGACGCCGUCUCUGGCGUCUUAAGCAUCUUGGGUUUGGCCCUGGUACCCGUGACAGUAGGGUGGAGUCUGAUGCUCUCAGCGGUGGGGCUGGGCCUGGGGGCAGCCGCUGCUGUCGCCAACAUGUCGACGAGUGUCUUAGAAAAUGGAAGCAAUAUGGCAGCCAGAGAGAGAGCCAGCAGAUGGUUGGUGCCUAUGGAAACGACGACGGAGUACAAAGCUUUUGAAGAAAUAAGGCUGUCUGAAAUCAGUGUUGUGUGCGUUGAUAGGUGUGUCAGACUCAUCAAGAAGGUCAAGGGACUUCGUGCCUCCCAGAUGGCCAAAGCCAACUCCGGCUUCAUGGCUAUAGGUCAUGCGGCCAUAAGCCGUCUCCCCUUGUGGAGGGCCGGAGGGCUGCGGAGAGCAGCUGAAGGCUCAGUCCUGUCCGUGAGCAAAGGUGUCCGGGUGCCGGGUGCUGCUGGGGCUGGCUUGUCACUUUUGCAAGACGUGCAAAGCCUCCUGCAGAGCCGGAAGCACCUGGAGGAGGGGGCGAGGGCAGAGACAGCCGAGGCACUGAGGACACUCGCCAAGGAGCCGGAGCAGGAGCUGAGGCAGCUCACCCGGCACCACAAGCUGACCAUCCAGGGGCGGGGCUGUCGGAGAAGCCCGUUCCUGCAGGAGGAGACGGCGUCUUUCUGUGGCCCCUUCAGUACAGCUUAUAUUGUACUGAAGUAUAUGCGGGCAGGUGCCCAGCGAGGCGGCAGAAAACCGGACACGAUUGAUGGUUCUCCGCCCUCCGGAAGCUCGGUCUGCUGGGAGGCCGGACACGAGCACCGUUCCCAGCGGAAGAUCUGGCUUCUCCGGGCCUGGUCUUCAAGUGGCACCCGUGUGCGUGGUUAG